UACACAUAUAUGGCCAAUAUAAAAACGGCAACUACAACAACGAUUAGCAGCGAGAAUCAAUUCUGCAUGCAAUUAAAUGCUUCAGAAUUAACAGCAAUCAUUAUGAAAGGUUCACCCAAUUCCAAUGACCGCGAUGCCGGCUUCUGCUCUGGUAGCUCUGAGGGUGGCGAUGAUCUCGAUCGCAUUGAUCAGGUGCGUCUCGAGUCCAGCAAUCCCACCAGUCCCGCCGAUGCCACAACAGAGGCCUCUGAAGAUUCCGUCGAAGUUAAAGUGACACCCAUUGCGCUCGUGCGCAAUAAACGCAAAAGUUCCGAACCCUCCAAAGUUGUGGACGCCACUGUGACCGCGACAGGAACACAUGCGACCGCGCUCGCCACGGCGCCCCUCAAGAAACGUAUCCGCUAUACCUCAACCACAGAUUCGGCUGUGGUAUUAACACCACCCGCACUCGCCACACCGCCACCGCAUGGCAUCUGGGAUCCUAGUCAAGUGCUACCUCACGAGUUGAUGCCCAAUCCCGCACAAGUAUUUGUGCGGCAUCCGGGUGUAACAACGCUGCAUCGCAUACCUGCGCCCACAGUAGAAGAACAAUUGGAACCUUUAGCGCUGGUAGCGAAAAAACCCAUUGGCGGCACGAAGGAAAACGAGCAUGCGCACGCAUACACGCAUGCGUCUGCGACAAGCUGCACCUCCAAUGACAUAGCAUCACCCGUUUACGUGCCAAAGAAACAACAGGCAACCGCAAAUAGCCAAUUAAAGUUCCAUGCCACCACAACAGAGUCCGUCCCUUUGGCGCUAACGACGAGCGCAAAUCACUUAGUUCCAACCAAGCAGGCGUCCAGCCACGACGCACUAUGCGCAUCAAACGUCGCCGAGCAAUACAAACCCAGCAACGCAGAGGAGGCGCCCAGUGGUAGCGGCGCAAGCGGUAGUGGCGGCAGCACUGGUAGUGCCAGCGCGCGUCCCCAGCAACGCAACUACAAGAAUAUGACACGUGAGCGCCGCAUCGAGGCGAAUGCGCGCGAACGAACACGCGUGCACACCAUUUCGGCCGCCUACGAGACGCUGCGACGUGCAGUACCCUCCUACUCGAAUGCACAGAAGCUUUCAAAGCUGUCCGUGCUACGCAUCGCCUGUUCCUACAUAUUGACGCUGAGUCGCAUGGCGGGUCACGAUUACAGCGCAGAUGGCUCAGAGCCAGCAAUUCCCGAUUGCUUUGAUUCGGUCACGGAUACCAUACAGACUGAGGGCAAGAUCAGAAAGAAGAAGGAUGAGUAAAAGGGUGCGAAAAAGGGAAAAACUAAGAAAACGUACGGCAGUAUGCCAACGGAAGGUUUCAGCGUGACGCGUAGUACUUAAGACUUUUAUUUUUUAAUUUUUAGUUGUUAUUUUUAAUUAGGCAGUAAAGUAACAAAUAUAUGUCUAUUGUGACUGAAGCUUGUACGCGCAGGCGCAUUAAAGCAUUUGGAGCUUUUGCAUAUGCGCAUAAAAUUAAAGCCAAAAGUGAGAGAGUGCGAAAUGCGCGUGAGCAAGCGUAAUAAAGCUUUAAAAGCGUUGAUAUGGCUUACAAAAAAAAAAGAUCAGUUAAAACUUUACGGUUAGCUUAGAAAAAGCGCUGACAGGUGCAAAUUUGAGUGAAAGCUCGAGUGAAAGCUCGAGUUUUUCGAUGAUAUUAACUAAGCACUUUAGGUAAGAAUGAAAGAGUGAUGUAGUGUCGCUUCGAAAAUGAAGUGAUUUAAAGAAAACUAUAGAUUAAAGUAAAUUAGUUGUAAAUUUAUUUAUAUGCUAAGUCAGUACUUAGACGAAAUUCGGAGCAGAGAAUAAUAAAGAAAAGUAUUAAAAGCGUGUUGUCAAACAAAAUGAGAAAGAAAAUUAAUGAAACAGUACAAAAAUCGUAGAAUAAAAUUAAAGCAAGCAAAUGAGGGUAGAAGAUUUUGUGUCGACAAAUAAUUGGAACAUAGCAAACCGCAGCAGAAAAAUUAAUUAAACAAAUAAAUGAAGUAAUGAUAAAGUAGCAACCAUUUUCUACAAGAUUACAAAAAUAAAAAGAUUUUUCGAGCAACUGCAAAAUAAACAAAUAUUUUCAACACAAAUUUAAAAAACAAAAAUCAAGUAAGUUUUUGCAACAAAAAUAGCAAAUCUUGACAUAGAAAUCCAGAACUUUUGCUUGCUUUAUGAGCGUAUUCUAAAAAACAAGACAAACAAAAACAAAAAAAAGUAUUGAUAAUUCGCUCGACUCUCAAGACAAUAAUUGUAAUUUUCAGCAAAUAAUUGUAAAGAAAUUUUUAAAUUUUUUACACUUCAACAAAUAAAAACAAAUCGAAAAUAAAUUUGUUGCUACAAAAAAAACUUAAGUGACAAUAAUUAAUAAACAAGUAAAAAACAAAGAUGGGUUAUACAAAUUUUUUCCUAAAGUAAGCGUCAUUCAAUUUUGAAAACUUCUUUAAAGCAAAUACAAUUCAACAAUGACAUAAUUAAAUAAAUGAAUAAAAAUUAUAAAUAUUUAACUCUUGCUCUUGUACAAAUUACUGUAAUUAUUACAUGAAACGGCAUGGCAAAUGCCCGCAGUCCUAAACCACUACUACUACUACUGCAAAUAUAUUCAGGUGUAGUAGCUACGUUCACUAUUUAUGUAUGUCUGUCUAGUUACCAUAAACAACAAAUACUAUGUAUCUACUUAUGCAAACCUAUCCAGGCAUAAGGAUGUGAAUUGGAAAGGGAACAAAUCCUACUGCUAUUUUAUUUUUGAAAUACGACGAAGUGAAAAUUUAUUCAAUAAUUAAUAUUUAAUUGUAAUCUCAUUGUUUUUAGUUGUUAAGUUGAAGUGCCAUAAAAUGCGUUGAAAAAAAAAAUAAUAAAAAAAAUUACUGAAC